AUGUCGGAACAGCAAACAGAGGCUUUAUCCUCCUCCUCCACAAGAAGCACUACGGAUCCGUUGUGGACAACCAACGACGAAUCAUCAUCGUUGAGUAAAGAUGAUCAUCACCAGGGUGCAACCAACACCACGACUAAUGAUUCGGAUGCGAAAGCAACAACAGCCAAUACCGAAGCAUUAAAUCAAAGUUCCAAUCCAGCAACAGCAACAACAUCAUUAUCAUCAUUGAACACAAGUAUGCAUAGAAAUACUAGCAGCUCCGAGAGCAUAAGUGAAGAAGAAUAUUUGGAAAAAUUACAUGAAAAGUACAGCCAAACACCCAAGUCAGAAUUGAGCAUUUCCUCUUUCUCAACGUUUGGAGCCAUGUCAUUUUUCCAUGAUGUCGUGAAUGGAGAAAAUGUAUUGACUCCCAAACAAUCUCCAGCAAGUGUCACAAGUUCAAAAAUGAAUUAUGAAAAUUGUAAUAAUUUAAAUAAUGAUUCAAGAAAUGCUGACGAUUUUGUAGAUUUGGAAUAUGAAAAUAGCACAAAAGAUGCUAAUUCAUCCCUGUUAAGUUCAUUACCUGAUAUUGAUGCAGAAAAGGACUUGCAAGAAGUUGACAUGACAGACUCAUCAACUCCUGUCCAAAAUGGCAUCACAACAAAAGCGAAUAAUAUGGAUAAUUUUUUGUUGGAUCCCUCCCCAAUUAAAAAAGUUCCACCUCCAUUUGUAAAGUCAAGAGCAGAGGUAGAUAUUGAAAGAGUUGAGCUCUCUAAAUUUCACUUACCACCAAUACCUUUAUCAAAGAAAAAGCUCACAGUUGAUAUACAACCUCCACAAUAUCAAUUAGCGGCAACUUCAACACCACCUUCCGUACUAAAACUCAUUCAACAACAGUACAAUAUCUACCAUCACAACACUGUACAUUUAUCAUUAUCAAAUAAGAAUCAAAAGGUAGUUGUACCAAUGAUUAAUUCAAACGUUACCGUAUUAGCAAGGUCUGCAUCUCUGGGAUCGUCGAUUACUUCGCUAUUUCAUGACAAGGUGAAAGUUAGAGUUUUUCAAAAUGUUAGCAACGUAGGAACAGAUGACCUGUAUUUGUCAACACAAAAUGGAGUACAAAGAGUUACACCUCUUGAGUUGGAAGAGAAUAAUCCCACUCUUUGCUUGAGAUCAUUAGAAGAUAUUCUUUUUUUUACAACUGUUUUACCCUUAUCCAAUUUCUCAGUUGAAGAAAUCAAAAUCACAAACGAGACUCUUGGUUCUGAAACUGUGUAUUAUAAGGUGAAAGUGAAUGAUUCACAAGAAACACAAAUCAUUCUCUUUACAACAGAUACUCAUUUGGAAAUUUCACUCAAUGGAAAUGACGAAUUUAUUGUCGAAGAUUUAAGCCGGGUGGUUGCUUUCCAUGAAACUCUCACCAUUCAACCAUUCAAAGAGUUUUAUCUUGUCAAAGGAAGUGGCUCAUUGUGGUUGCGUGUCGAAUUCACACUGUAA